CGAUUAAUGCCAAGAGUUAAAAAGUUGACUACAAAAAGAAUGACAAGGAGAAGCUGUCAAAGAGAAUCUGAAUCUACUGAUCUUCCUUUGUGUGCAUCCCAAAGGAUCACAAGAGCUAACGCUAAAAAGAAUGUGGAAGAAGUAAACCUGUUUUCAAUGGGAAUUGAUCAAGUAAAGAAGAAUUUCAAAGUGAAAAAAAAUGUUAUAGUGGAAAAUGAAAAGAAGAAUCGAACCAAAAGAAGAUCAAGUAAGCCGAUGAGAAAAAGAAGACCAAAAAUUAAGAGGAAUAAGAUUAUUAUAAGUGAUGAUUCAGGGUCUGAGCCUGAGACUAGUACUAAAAUAAAUCCAGAGCCGAGUUCUAAAUUGAAUCUUGAGUCUGAAGCUAAAUCUGCAGAUGGAUCAUCAAUGAUGCUAAAAAGUUUAGAGUCUUCUUCCUUUAAUAAGACUUCAGAAGAUGCACAGUCUGAAUCUAGUAAAAGCGAAAGCUGCUCAAAUUACAGCGAUGAAAGUAUGACCUCAACCCCUACCCCAGCCGCUUCCACCCCUCCAAACUGCUCCCAAGGCCAAGAUGAUCCCCUAAUGACCAAAACCCCACUAAUAUCCCCUCAAAUCAUGUUCAAAAACACCUCAAAUGCCCCUUCUACCACUUCAUCCCCUCAAUUCCACCUCAAAAGGCAUCGUCCCACUACUCUUCCUUUGUUCAGGCCAAAAUACGCUGAAAAUCCAAUGAUGCUGUUCUUCCAGUGGAAUUGCUACUAAAAUUCAAUUUUAA